AAUCAAGACAUUUUGCUCCUUAUAUACCGGCGGCGCUUCAACUGUGGGAGAAAUAGAAUAGCGGCAGCGGGCGACGGAGGGGAUCAGGCAAAGAUGGCUGGUUUGCUCGCAUGGGCGGCGGACGUCGUCGGCGGCGGCGGCGCGAAUCACAACGACGAACAGACCGCUUCGAUCCCCAUUAUAUUUACUCCCGACCAGCAAAAUUACGUUCGAGAAUUGAAUCAGAAAGCAGCUUCUCUCAGCCGCUCGAUCCACGAUCUGCGCCUUCGACUGCCUCCUCCCGACAUCUCUCAAAGCCUCCCUCACCUUCAUGCCCACUCUAUUGCGUCCAGUGCCGCUCUUACUCUUCAAUUGAACGCCCACUCUUCUACUCGCCAACAGGUCCAAUUGAGAGAGAUAUCGCUGCAGGAAGAAAAUGUUGCCUACGAGAAGGCUAUAUCAAAUUGUGAAAAUAAAAUUCAGGAAAAAAGGCAGGAAGCAGAUUUACUUCUGAGGAAGUUAGAGGAGUUGGAAGAAACAACCAAGAAUCUGGAAAUUGAGCUUGAAAAAGCCCAAGCUGCUCUGGAAAAUGACGAAUCCAUCAACUCUAAAAAAAUGGCAUCUAAACCUUCUAAAAUUGAAUCAGAACAAGAUAUGGAAGUAUCAAAGUCUGCCUUGCUAGAAAAGUUAGAGAUCAAGAAAAAAGAACUGAGUUCAAUGGAAGAUACAGUUAAACAUUUAGAAAAAAGGUGGGCAGAAUUUCAGGAUAAAGCUCUGAAACAGCCAUUACCAGUUCAGAGAGAGAAAAUGUUGGACAAACAGCUCCAUAGCCUCAUCGAGCAACUAGCUGUGAAACAGGCACAAGCUGAAGGUUUGGCUAGUGACAUCCAUCUGAAGGAGAUGGAACUAGAAAAACUAAAUGCAUUAUCAAGGAGGCUUCAAAGUAGCAGCAGUGAGGCUAACAUCGCACGUAAUCGUUUCGGAAGAAGCAUGUCUGACAAGAAUUUUUCAGACCACUUAGCUGACUCACUCCACAAACUUCCUUACCGCACCAGUGGUCGGACUGAGAGCCAGCAGAGGCUGAUGCUACUCAGAUCUGCUUUCGUGCUCUACAUCUUAGGUCUGCAUAUCUUGGUUUUCAUAAAAAUUUCAUUCUGAGCAACCAUACUGAGAUUGUUCUCUGAAUAUUCAUCAGCAUUUCACCUGUAUGUAGUUAUUCUUUAGAUGUAUAGAAACUCGAUAUUGAGCUACGUUAUUUUCUUACUCAUAUCGAAUAGAACAUGCUGGGUCAAAUACUCUUCUUGUAAAACCAUGCAGCAAAUCAAAUAUAUGAAGAAACUACCCAUAUGGAUUCUCCUAAACAAAGCAAUUGAAUAUGAAUCCGAAGCCAACUUAUAUUGAAUCUGUUUAUUGUCAUUCAUUCUCUCAUUUAAUAUGCGGAGUAAUACAAAUGAACAGCUGUGAAUCUGAGGAAAGAAAAAAAAA